AUGCUCUCACAUACUAUCCACCACGGGCCUCGUAUACUGUCCUCCGUUGCAGCCUCAGCCUUGAAAGCACGUCGAACUCAGACGUUCAAGGCCUUCUAUGCCACUAUUCGAAGUCUUCGUCAACCCCCGCCCACUGUCGAGGUCGAUGAUCUCGACCCGCGGGAUAAUGACUUCAUUCUCUCCCUCCUGAAAGCCAAUCCUUCUCUCCGGGAUACUAAAUCUUACCUCGCGAAUUUUGGCGUUCGUCCAUCAACUCCGGAAAAUGCCGGCUCCGUUUUCCCAUCUACUAUUUCGACGCCCUUGUUUCUAAAAGAAGCCCCAGAUAUAUCUGUCGAUAAACAACCAGAACAGGCUAAGCCUGACCCGAGCCCUAUCUUGUCUUCUAUAUUGAAUCCUGUCUACCGUCGCACUGCUCUUGUAAAACUACAGGGUCCGUUCACAAAUAAGCAGCUCGAUAGCAUCGCCAGGGGCAUGGUCUACCUCGAGAAACUCGGACUUGUCAGCGUUAUUGUCGUCGAGAAUGAUCAGAUCAGGGGCGACGAUGGAGAGCGCUCCGCUCUCAUCGAAGAGAUUAUGCGAGUUGUCUCCGCAUUAGAAGCACAAGGUGCCGAGGCGCGCCCCGUCCUCGGUACCACUGUCCGACUAGGUCCUAAGCCAGAUGAUGACCAGCUUCGCGAGCCUCGCAAUUUUAUUCCCCCUGAAGCACAUGUGUUUCCCUCGGACCUUGUCGCCAUCCGUUCUGCUCUUCGCGCCGGGGAGAUCCCAGUUCUUCCUCCUUUUGCCCUGGACUCCUUCUGCAGAUCAGUACGGAUAGGUGCUAAUGACGUUCUUGGCGCCCUUGCUCGCGGCAUGGUCGAAGCUGCUGCGCUUGAUGAUAAUGACAUGAAGUCAAGUCCUCGUGAUCCCCAUGCAGACUACUCUCAAGAUAUCAACCUCGUUCCUCUGCGACUGAUGAUUAUCAGUCGGGAAGGAGGGGUCCCUUCCUAUGCCAGAACAGGCUUCCCUCAUCUCCUCAUCAAUCUCACAUCCGAGUAUGAUUAUAUCCGCGAUACUUACGACCCAUCAUGGUCCAAUGAAAAGGAUUCUUCGCUUUCAAAUUUGUCCCUCGCGCGUACCUGCUUAGCGUACAUGCCGCCUACAUCAUCUGCCAUCAUGGUUUCUCACCGUUCGCCGAGUUCCCUCAUCGCCAACCUCAUCACGAACAAGCCCGCCGUUAGCUCGAGCCUGCCUCACGCACUUCUCCAAGGUAACCGAAAACUCACGCGGGACACGCCCACUCUUCUGCGUCGCGGUCUCCCAAUACAAGUUAUUCGCAGCCUUGCGGACGUUGAUAAAGCGAAGAUGAACUACCUCUUAGAGACCUCCUUCAAGCGCACUCUCGAUGCCGAUGCUUUCUACAAGCGCCUAGAACAGAAUCUCGACUUUGUUGUGGUCGCAGGAGAUUAUGUUGGCGCCGCCAUUGUUACCAACGAGCCCUCGCCCAAUUCCUCUGAACCCGUCUCUUAUCUUGACAAAUUUGCUGUAUUACCUAGUCAUCAAGGUGACGGUACCGUCGACUUCUUGUGGGUCGCCCUCCACGACGAAUCUUAUGGUUUGGGCCACCUGUUCUCCAUUAACCCAAACGGGGGCAAGGAGGGCAAGGGUGAAGGCCGAGACCUUGUUUGGCGGAGUCGUGAUGAUAACCCCAUUAACAAGUGGUACUUUGAGCGUAGCUCCGGCCAUAUGCGGAUGGGCUCGUGGGUAUUCUUCUGGUGUGAUGCUGAGAAACGUCUGAGAGUGGAGGAAGGACGCCGUGCCAACGCUGGUCUUUCUUACGUAGAAGAAUGGGAAGAGAAUCGCUUGUCACGGUGGGCAGACGUUAUCACCAAAAUUCCAUCUGUGUGGAAAUAG